CGAGAGUUGCUUGCGGGACUUGCCGUGUAUACCUGCGCCACUCUCACUCCUCUAGACGCCUGCGUCGAUCUCCUGAUUCGAAGCAUAGCCGACCUCCUGGCGACUACUCAGGAUUCAGAGCGCCCGCUCAAGAUGCAACCUGAUGAGUCAUUUACGUUUGGCGAGACUUUCUAUUCAUGA